AUGGCUGCACGGCGGCCCUGGUCUGUGUCGCCGCUCAGAUUGCUGGCCUCCGUGGUGGUGGAAGUCGGACGCAUUUUGCUCGCACGUUGCGCAGCAUUAUGCGCUGCUUCCACCUUAGCCGGCGUGCCAUUUUUCGCCCGGCCCUCGGUGGCUGCUGCCCUGGUAGAUGAGGACAUCGCAGUUCAGGUGUUCCAGGAUGUGAGCCCUUCGGUAGUCUCCAUCGCAGUCCUGCGCUCCGUCGGAGGCGUGCAAGUGCGUGAUGUCAUCGGAUCAGGAGUCGUUUGGGACGCUGCAGGGCCUCAUGUGCUCACAAAUUUUCACAUCAUUCCACCCCUCCAAGGAACUAACACGGUUCUGGAGGUGACCCUGCAGGACAUGGCCACAGGGGCAUACAGCAUCCUGCCGGCGCGAGUUGCCGGGAGCGACAGCCUUCAUGACUUGGCAGUGCUCAAGCUCCUACUGCCGCAGCAACAGCCUCAGCCGCAGUCCGAGGAGGUCCUGGGCUCCCAGCUGUCUGUCGCAAGAGAUCCUGCUAGCAGUGAUGGCGUCAGCAAUGGCGUCAGUAAUGCUAACGGUGUGCCCGUGGUUGUGGCUCCCAUUCGAGUUGCUGCUCCAGGGGAUCUGCGGGUAGGCCAGCUGGUGUACGCCCUGGGGUGUGUGGCCGCUAAUCCCGCUGCAGCCGCCCCCACACGCUCCCUCUCCGUGGGCCUUAUAAGCGGGCUGGGGAGGAGCAUUCCCUCGCCGGUUGGAGCCCGCAUUUACGGUGUCGUACAGUGUGUGAGGGUGCCCUCCCCCCUCAGCUCCCGGGGCUCCCGUGGGAAACUCCAUUCGACCGAGGCGGUGGUGAAUGCCGCCAACUCUGGCGGCCCCCUGGUGGAUUCGGCGGGGAGGAUGGUGGGACUGAGUACGGCAGUAGGGGCGGCACAAACCGGCACGGCUCGAGGCAGCGGAGUGAACUUUGCUCUACCCGUAGAUUUGUUGUUGGACGUGGUGCCAAAGAUCAUUGUGUACGGCAAUCCGUACGGCAAAAAAUGAUGAUUCAGAAUGAGGAUUUAAAAAAGGCCCGGGAGGCUUUCGGAUUUGGAGUCAGCACGUGCAUUCCACGGUUCUCUUCAUCGUCGUCGUCGCCAUCGUCGCUAAUAUGGUUGCGGUUGCAGUUUCAUUAUGGGUUGCAUGGAGCCUGAGCCCCGUCAUCAGAAAGUUAUCACAUGUGUAGCUGUUGUUCCGUACAGUGUACGGCAACACUGGGCUGUUUACUGCUAGAUUCUGAAUCCAUCGGCAUCUGGGCCCGGAAAAUUGGAUACACGACUUGCAAAAGCCUGGAAGAUAGAUGGAUACAUACAUACAUACAUAAAAAUUGGUUCGCAGCAAAUUCGCGAUGGCGACGGUUGCUACUCACGAGCGUUGCUUUGUUGCCUGAGACAAAGGCAGCUUGUCAUAUUCCUGAUGUCCGGGAGGUGAUUGCGGCAACAACUGGCAGCCUGUGGCCUUUGGAAGGAGCACGGCUACGUCAUGGCUGCUGUUACUGUUUGUGUUGAACGUUUUGCCUGUUUUUGUUAUGUAGGAAGCGCGAAGCAGGUAUGUCCCUGUCGUACUAUUUAUUGUACGUAUUGGGCGAUGCAAAAUAGGGGGGUCCUUGUGAAGCAGCUGCCCGCGUUUCCAAAGCCCGUAUGGUGUUGGAUUGUAAGGUGCCCAAGUACGUUUGCGAGGAAGAGAAUGUGGCCAGGCUGGAGAGGAAAGUGCAGUGGCAUAUUGGAAUGUGAGAUUAGGGUAAGCGAGUUACAGGGCGUUUUAUUGCACGGGCGAAUUGACGUGCAAAUCUUUCACCGUAGCAUCAGUCCUCAGUUCACUUCUUGGAACGAACAUCAGCAUAGGUCCAAGCCCUCUCGCUUGGAGGGAUAUGCAAACAAACAUCCUGAUAGGGGUAAACUCGCACGCUACCGAGCAUUCAACCGAGCACAUGCAUGCUUAGUUGAAUGGUGAGAUGCGACCCCCCCUUCAUUUCGUGCUCGGCAAGCCUGCCACCGCGUACCGGAUAUGUUGGCGAUGUUACAGAACGCUGCACCUUGGUUUCUGUGCGCAUUGCGUACGUUGCUCGACCCCGCCGACCAAAACUACACGUGCUCAACUGAAGACAUUCCCGGUGGUUGUGCAGCAGCUCUUGAGGCUGUUGCUGGCUGAAAUCCAUCCUGAGCUGUUGCAACACGGCUAACGCGGGCACGUCCCUAUGCACAGCAAAUAGCUGUUCCAAGCCAACAGCGGCGUCCAUGUCACCGACAAGGCUCUAAACGUCUUAUCUGUUCUUAUGUUUAAUUCAGUUUAUGUAUGUUAUACUUUGCGCAACUUUGUAAUUUGACUUUACUCUG